AUGCCGAGUCCUGAAGUUGCAGGAUUUGCGGGAAGCUGGAAGCUGGCUCGGAGCGCCUACUCGGUGCUUCGUGAGGUGCUCAGAGGUGAUUUGCUGAGAGCUGCCUUUCUUUCCCCGUCAAGCCUGUUUGUCAUUCGCCAAAGGCAAGUGCCACUAAAGAUGAAAGCUCUUGCAGACUCAAAGUUGGCAGUCUGGCAAAGAGAGGAUUUGGGGAGCAUUCUGGCGUUUGAUGACUUUGACGGUGCACUGGAGCAGGAUAGCAAGGUGCGAAGCCUUCGCUCGGUUUUCAUCUUCGCGACGCUUUCCAAGCAGCAGCUGCAGCGAUUAGCGAACGCUCUCGUCGUUCAGAUCGUGAAGAGUGGAACUCGAGUGUUCUCGCAGGGCGACCAGGGAACGUGCUUCUACAUCAUUCGCAGAGGCGCUGUCAGUGUCGAGAUUGACGGCCGCGUGAAGCGUCGGCUUGGCGACCCGGACUACUUCGGUGAGCGUGCUCUGCUGGGGAGCGAAAUCCGCACUGCUACCAUCACGGCGUUGGAGGACACGGAGCUGUGGAAGAUGGGCAAGGAAACCUUUCAGGAAAUGAUGCAGGGUCCAUGCUUGGACUACCUGAAGGAUCGGAUCUCCCUGCAGGACACAAACCUGACGUUCAAGGACCUCGAGUUUGUGCGAGUCAUUGGUCGGGGCGGCUUUGGUGUGGUCAAGAUGGUGAGAGCCAAGAAGACAGGAGUCAGGUAUGCUUUGAAGUGCGUCCGUAAACGCGAUGUGGUCGAGAAGAACGUGCAAGAUGCCCUUGUUUCAGAACUCAGCAUUCUCAAAGAGGUUGAUCAUCCGUUCAUCAUAAAGUUCGUCCGAUCAUUCCGGAACGAGACGCGUGUUUACUUUUUGAUGGAGCUGGUUAGCGGCGGCGAGCUGCUGGAUGCAUUGGACGCUUUGGGCCUGCUGAAGUACUCUCAGGCGUUGUUUUACACCGGGUGCAUCGUGCUGGCGCUUGAGUUUCUGCAUUCGCGGCGCAUAGCCUACCUUGAUCUGAAGAGUGAGAACUGCUUGAUUGACCAGCAGGGCUACUUGAAGAUGAUCGACUUUGGUAUUGCAAGACGGAUCACCAACGCGAGGUAUGGUCCUCUCAAGGGAACCCCGGUGUUCAUGGCUCCGGAGAUGAUCCUUGGGAAGGGCCAGACGACUGUUGCAGAUCUUUGGAGUUUGGGAAUAUGCUUGUACGAGUUCGUCAUUGGGCACUUCCCUUUCGCCAGCAACUGCUCGAAUCAUGGCCAGAUUUUUCACCAAAUCCUCCGAGCAGAGCUGCGAUUUCCAGAAUGGUUUGACAAGCAACCAAUGGCAGAGGAAAUCGUGAGUUUGAUCAAGGGUCUUCUGACCCGAGACCCAAAGAAACGUCUUGGUGGAGGUCAUGAAGGUUACACCAAAUUGAAAGCUCACCCUUUCUUCAAGGACCUCUGCUGGGAAAAGCUUCUGGGUCGAGAACACGAGCCUCCCUUUGUCCCAACGAGCGAAACAUAUGCUGAGGACAAGGAGAAGUCCGUGGAUUCGCCCUCAACAGGAGAUAGCAGGCCCACUGUUGAGGAGGAGGAGGCUGGCUACAGUGCAGACCUGUGCAGCAUCUUCACAUUUCUUAUCGAGAUCAUCUGUUGCUGGUGCCAAUUUCAUCAAAUUCGCUGGAUUAGCAUGUUGGCAUCCACGAUUCCGAAGAUGAAUUUCGCCAUGCAAGGAGAAUCCGGGGUAAGUUUCAUGAUAAGGAUCCAGCACCUGGCUGGGAUGCGGAUUUCUGCUGGGAUGCAGACUUCUGAUGGGAGUUUUAUGUGCUGCCCGCCGCCCGAGCAGUGCCAUGCGUCUUCCACUUGCGGCAACUUGCAGAUAGAGCACUAUCGCGUGCUUGUGCCACAGCUUCGUGUAGCAGCAACUGCACGAUGCCAAAAUGCUGCCUGCCGGCUCACAGGUCGGGAAAAGUGCAGACCGAAUGCCGGAGUCUCAGCGUCAUCUGAUCGGCUCGCGAAUGCGAGCAACAAGCGCAGCAAGUGGGAGCGUGACGCCAGGUCGACCAGAGCGAAGAAUUUGUCCGGUCCCAGUGCAAAGGACGGGAUUUGGCGAGAACACCUCGAUCAAAUGAUCAAUGAGGUCAUGCUGGGAGAAAUCGGCAAACUGCAGGGCCAGCUCAACCAGCAUUUGCGAGAGUACGAGGUUGCCUUGUCACAGCUCAAUGUUGAACACGGACAUGGGCAUGCGCGGUCCCGCCAGGAUGUAGAGCUUCUCCGCCAGCAGGUACUCCUAAUGGGCAGAGAGCGGCGGAAGAAGAAGCUUGAAGUCGGCAAGCUGCGCAAGGCCAUGAAGGAAGUGCGCAAUGCACUCUCUACAGAGACAGCUCCAGCUGCACAGGGCCACCUAGCCAAAGAGCAGUUGCUCGAAGAGGUGCGGACAGAGCGUGAACGAAGGUGUGCUGAAAAGUUUUACUUGGAGGAUCAAGUCAAGAAGCUGAAGUGCGAGAUUGAGGAGCUGGAACAGCAGCAAAUUUCCACUCCAGCAGUGGACCAUGAGAAAGAGAAGCUGAAGCAGUCUGUAAGACAGCUCAAGAUGUCCAUCGAGUCAAAGGAUCGGUAUGCCUGCUGGGUCUGCAAUCGUGCUCAUGAGCGACAAGAGGAGUCUGGGGAAGGUUCCGACACCGGAGAGGAGUCAGAGCGCCACGACGAGUGCGCGAUGAUGCGAAGGCGUUUGGUCGAAAUGGAGGAGGAAAUUCGCGAGCUCACAGGCCUCGCAGGCGUUGACCCCGCCUCGACGGCCCAAGCAAGCCAGAGCAGGUUGGGCGUCAGGGUGUCCCUGGACCCGCCAACGAUAAACGAGUCGCCUAUGAGUCCUUCUUCGUCGAAUACGCGAUCGUCGCGGGGGCGAGUGCCCACUCCCUGGCUGGAGGCGGAGGCGGCAGGCGCACAGGCUUCGGUGCAAUUUUCUGACUCCGUCACAGCCUUCAUGUCAAUGGAAGUCCCGGAGAACGUCCCGGAGGUCGGUGACCGCUCGGUGCGGGACCGGAUUGCGACCCCGUACGUUCCAGCGAGUGCAGCCGCCUCGGAGGACCGGAGGGUACUGCUGGCACCGGUUCUGUCCGCAGUUGAGGAAUUUGAAGCGGAAGGUGGCAGAGAGCAGCUACGCUCCAGCAGAGACAGGAUGCCGACGCCGCACGUCAGCUCGGAGAUGAUCGAGGAGACGUUUGCGCCUUCGGGAAAGACGGUCCGCAUCUUCCCCGUUGCUGAGAUGGAGGCUAUCCCUGCUUCCGGAAGACGGCGGCCAAGUCGAGAACGGCAAGCAACGCCCUUCGCCAAGGAAGAGGAUGUGCCGGCAGCAGAGGGAACCGCCCAGUCCAGCAGCACGGCAUCGGGACAGGUUGCGGCCUCGGUGCAUUUCUCGGACUCUGUGGCCACGAUCCGGUCGCUUGACCUUCCAGAGAGCGUACCAGAGGUUGGCAAGAGAUCUGUGCGUGAUCGCAUCGCUACACCGUAUGCUGCUCCAGAGAACUUCAGCGAGGACCGCAGGGUGCAGCUUGCACCUGUUGCUUCUACAGUCGAGGAGAUCGAAGUGCACGGCAGAGAACACCUCCGAUCAACCCGUGACAGGAUGCCGACACCACACGUGAGUGCAGAGGUGAUGGAGGAGACAUUGUCCAGAGCCGAGGUUGAGGAGAUUCCGAUUCCAGCUACUGGCGCACGUCGGCCAAGUCGAGAUCGGGUAGCAACUCCUUUCGUCAAGGAGGAGAUGCCACCAGAGAUUCGUACCGUGCAGUUUAACGAUGAAGUCAGUCCUCAGGCGCGCGAUGAGUCAGAAUACACGCAGGUCAGCGGGAGGUCAGUGCGAGAUCGCAUUGCCACGCCCUUCGCAGAUCCCACGACCAUGGAUCUUGCAGAGGCGGUUGAUGAGUCCGACGAGACGCAGGCCAGCGGGAGGUCAGUGCGAGAUCGCAUUGCCACGCCCUUCGCAGAUCCCACGACCAUGGACCUUGCAGAGGAACGGAGGGUUCAGCUGGCGCCAGUGGUCUCCACCCUCGAGGAGUUCGAAGCGCAAGGUGCUUUUCGAUCAAGCCGAGACAGGAUGCCAACUCCCCACGUCAGCUCCGAGCUGCUCCAGGAGGUUCUUGCGACGGAGGGCAAGACGGUUCGCAUCUGCUCAGCUGUUGAUGCGAAGGGGGUUCCGCUUUCUGGCGAGGGACGCCCCAGUCGAGAUCGGCAAGCCACUCCCUUCUUCCAGGAGAAGGCGCCUCAAGAAGCCGCGUCCGUACAGUUUGAGGACGCCGUCACCACAGAGGUGAUUGAAGUUUCCGGCGCCCGGCGAUCCUCUCGAGACCGCCAGGCUACGCCAUUCUUCAAGGAGGACGACCUCUCAGCGGAAGCGCGGAGUGUCCAGUUCGACGAUGCCAUUAGCACACAGGUUGUGCCAGGCUCUGGCCCGAGACGAUCAGUUCGAGAACGCCAGGCAACCCCCUUCCUCAAGGAGGACGAUGUUCCAGAAGACCGUGCCGUCCAAUUCAGUGAGGCUGUCCGCACAGAGGCAGUCCAAGCCUCUGGCCCGAGACGUUCUGUUCGAGAUCGUGUGGCGACCCCUUUCUUCAAGGAGGAGGAGGACGUUCCUGAGGAAGCGCGUGCCGUCCAGUUCAGCGACGCCGUCCGCACGGAGGCAGUCCAAGCCUCUGGGCCGAGACGUUCUGUUCGAGAUCGUGUGGCGACCCCUUUCUUCAAGGAGGAGGAGGAUGUGCCUGAGGAAGCGCGUGCCGUCCAGUUCAGCGACGCCGUCAGCACGGAGGCAGUCCAAGCCUCGGGGCCGAGACGUUCUGUUCGAGAUCGUGUGCAGACGCCUUUCUUCAAGGAGGAGGUUGCGAUCCCUGAGGACGAGCGUGCCGUCCAGUUCAACGAUGCCAUCAGCACCGAGGCGGUCCCAGCCUCCGGGCCAAGAAGAUCGGUUCGAGAGCGUCAAGCGACUCCCUUCCUGAAGGAGGACUCUGAAUCUCCUGAAGAAGGACGAGGUGUCCAGUUCGACGAUGCUAUCAGCACGGAGGCGGUUCCCGUCUCUGGGCCAAGACGGUCGGUACGAGAGCGUCAGGCGACCCCCUUCCUGAAGGAGGACUCUGAGUCUCCUGAAGAAGGACGAGGUGUCCAGUUCGACGAUACUAUCAGCGCAGAGGUAGUUCAAGUCUCUGGACCCAGACGGCCGGUUCAAGGGCGUCAGGCGACCCCCCGCUUCCUCGGUGAGGAGGCUCAGAUUCCUGGGGAAGUACGGGCUGUCCACUUCAGCGACGCGAUUAGCACCGAGGCAGUUCGAGUCUUCGGGCCGAGACGGCCAGUUCAGGAACGUCAGGCAACACCUUUCCUCAAAGAGGACGCAGAGGUUCCUGCAGACGAUCGUGCUGUCCAGUUCAACGAUGCCGUCAGCACCGAGGCAAUUCCCGUUUGUGGGCCAAGACGGUCGUCCCGAGAUCGUGAAGCGACGCCCUUCAUCAAGGAGGAGGACGACAUCAUUGAGGAUGCUGACAUUGCGAGUCCACAGGGCAAGACCGUUCGCAUCUUUCCUGCUGUGGUGACAGAGGUCAUCCCGGCUUCCGGGCAAAGACGGCCAAGCCGAGACCGGCAGCCCACUCCCUUUGUCAAGGAGCAGGAUGAGCUGGAAGCCGCCGCUGUCCACUUUGACGAUGCCAUCAGCACGGAGGCGAUUUCUGUUUCGGGACCCAGACGCUCAGUUCGAGAACGGAAAGCGACACCUUUCUUCAAGGAUUUCAAGGAGUUUGACGGCGCUGAAAAAGAGCGGGCCGUCCAGUUCAGCGGUGCCAUUAGCACAGAGGCAGUUCCCGUGUCUGGGCCAAGACGGUCCGUUCGAGAUCGUCAGGCGACCCCCUUCCUAAAGGAGGAGUUUGAGACUCCGGAGGAAGGACUUGGGGUCCAGUUCAGCGAUGACAUCAGCACCGAGGCAGUUCCCGUGUCUGGGCCAAGACGGUCCGUUCGAGAUCGUCAGGCGACCCCCUUCCUAAAGGAGGAGUUCGAAGAUGCUGAAGCAGCACGGGCCGUCCAGUUUAGCGGCGCAGUCGACACAGAGGCAGUUCCAGUCUCUGGGCCAACGCGGUCAGUUCGGGAGCGUCACGCGACCCCUUUCCUCAAGGAGGAGGAGCUGGAGACUCCAGAGGACGUCCGAGGGGUCCAGUUCAGCGAUGACAUCAGAACCGAGGCAGUUCCAGUCUCUGGGCCAACGCGGUCAGUUCGAGAGCGUCACGCGACCCCUUUCCUCAAGGAGGAGGAGCUGGAGACUCCAGAGGACGUCCGAGGGGUCCAGUUCAGUGAUGACAUCAGAACCGAGGCAGUUCCAGUCUCUGGGCCAACGCGGUCAGUUCGAGAGCGUCACGCGACCCCUUUCCUCAAGGAGGAGGAGCUGGAGACUCCAGAGGACGUCCGAGGGGUCCAGUUCAGCGAUGACAUCAGCACCGAGGAAUCAGUGGGGUGGCAGGACUUGCAGGGCACCGCAUCCCUGUUCCUGAGGCAGUUCCAGUCUUUGGGCCAACUCGGUCAGUUCGAGAGCGAGCUGGAGACUCCAGAGGACGUCCGGGGGGUCCAGUUCAGCGAUGACAUCAGCACCGAGGCAGUUCCAGUCUCUGGGCCAACGCGGUCAGUUCGAGAGCGUCACGCGACCCCUUUCCUCAAGGAGGAGGAGCCUGCUUUUUCGAUGUUGCUUCUCUGCUCUGCGGGCAAGGCUCAGGAGCUGGAGACUCCAGAGGGCGUCCGGGGGGUCCAGUUCAGCGAUGACAUCAGCACCGAGGCACCCAGCUUCAUGUCCUGUUGCAGUGAUGUAGAGUCCGAUUCAUCUAGUCCACGUCGACCCUACUCCUUCACCCAACGAGGGGCCAGCUUACUUGAAGAGGCAGUUCCAGUCUUUGGGCCAACUCGGUCAGUUCGAGAGCGUCACGCGACCCCUUUCCUCAAUGAGGAGCUCAACACUCCAGAGGACGUCCGGGGGGUCCAGUUCAGCGAUGACAUCAGCACCGAGGCAGUUCGAGUCUUUGGUUCAAGACGGCCUGUUCAAGACCGUCAGCCAACACCUUUUCUGAUGGAGGACGAAGAGGUUCCUCCGGACGAUCGGGCUGUCCGCUUCAACGAUGAUGUCAGCACCGAGGCGAUACCAGGCGCUGGGCCGAGACGGUCGUCUCGAGACCGUGAGGCGACGCCCUUCAUCAGGGAGGAGGACGGCGCACUUGCAGAAGCUGGUGGUGUUCAGUCUGAUGGUAUCGCGAACACAGAGGAAUUUCAAGGCGACAGGAGUUGCAGCUGA